AAGGCGGCGGGCGGGCGGCGGCGGGCGGCCUGGCGGGCGAUGUGGCGGCGGCGGCGGCGGGGCGGCGGCGGGGGGCGCGGGUGGCCGGCGGCCGUCCUGCUGCUGGCGUUGUCCUUGCCGGCGGCGCGGCCCCGCGGGCUGUACUCGGCCACUGAUCCGGUGGAGCUGCUGGGGAGCGGGGCGGAGGGGCGGCUGCUGGGCUCCCCCAGCGCCUGGGCGGUUGAGUUCUUCGCCUCCUGGUGCGGGCACUGCGUCCACUUCGCGCCCACAUGGCGGGCCCUGGCCCAGGAUAUCCGCGAGUGGAGGCCUGCAGUGAUGCUGGCGGCCAUCGACUGUGCCGACGAGGCCAACCAGCAAGUGUGCAUCGAUUUUGGGAUAACUGGCUUCCCCACACUGAAGUUCUUCAGAGCUUUCAGCAAGAAGGCAGAGGAUGGGAUAAGGAUUACCAAUCCUAGUGCCACCAUUGAGGACCUGCGCCAUGCCAUCAUCACCAACCUUGAGCAGAGCCAGGAUGCCUGGCCGCCCGCCUGUCCUCCGCUAGAGCCAGCGAGUGCGGAGGAGGUUCGUAGCUUCUUCCAGAGGAACAAGGACCAGUACCUGGUGCUGAUCUUCGAGAAGAGUGACUCCUUUGUGGGCAGAGAGGUGGCACUGGACAUGCUGCAGUAUGAGAAUGUGGCAGUGAGGAGGGUGCUGAGCAGCGAGGAAGAGCUCGUGAAGAAGUUUGGUGUCACCACCUUCCCCUCUGGCUACCUGCUCCUCCGCAAUGGCUCUUUCUCCCGCCUGCCUGUGCACAUGGAGGCACGCUCCUUCUACACCUACUACCUGCGCAUGCUCUCGGGUGUCACCCGUGGCUCCUACAAGCUGAACACAACCGUUAGCACUUCCAAUGAGACCAACACGUCCCAACCGAAGCCUGCUGACCGCUCCAAGGUGUACACAGCCGACCUGGAGUCCACGCUGCACUACUCGCUGCGGGUGGAGGCUGCUCGCCCUGCUGUGCUGUCGGGAGCCCAGCUGGCCGCCUUCAAGUGCUACGUGGCUGUACUGGUGAAGUACUUCCCCGGGCGCCCCUGUGUGCAGACCUACCUGCAGUCCCUGGACAGCUGGCUGAGGAACUGGACAGAGCCUGAGCUGCCCCGCAGUGUCUUGAAGGAGGCUGUGAAGAAUAACAGAGAUGCCUCCCACCCUGCUGUGCUCCCCACCAAUGUGACCUGGGUGGGCUGCCAGGGCAGCGAACCCCACUUCCGUGGCUACCCCUGCGGGCUCUGGACUGUCUUCCACCUGCUGACCGUCCAGGCUGUCCAGAGUGGCCCCGACAAAGAGCUGCCACUGGAGGUGCUGAACACCAUGCGCUGCUACGUCCGGCACUUCUUCGGCUGCCAGGAGUGCGCCCAACACUUUGAGGCCAUGGCGGCUGAGUCCAUGGACCAGGUGGCAGGCCGGGAGGAGGCUGUCCUCUGGCUCUGGUCCCACCACAACGAAGUCAACGCUCGCCUGGCGGGAGGUGACACGGAGGACCCCAAGUUCCCCAAGCUGCAGUGGCCUCCACCGGACAUGUGCCCCCAGUGCCACAAGGAGGAGCAGGGGGUGCACGCUUGGGAUGAGCCGGCUGUGCUCACCUUCCUCAAGGCGCACUUCUCCCCGGACAACAUCUACACGGACUAUGCUGAGGCCGACCCCAUCCCUGUGGCUGGGGAGGGGAUGGGCAUCAGGCUGGGCACUGAGGGCCCACGAGACAAGAGGGAGAAGGAGGAGGAAGAGGAGGAAAAGGAGAUGGAGAGCGAGACGAAAGCUCCAGGGCGACCAGGCUCCCCUGAGCUGCGGCGCCCCAGCAUUGUGCGGCUGAACCCCAAGCUGCGGGAGGUGGGUGAGGACAUCGUGGACCUGGACUCCUUCAGCGAGCAGCACUUCAAGAGCCAGGCACUGCGAGCGGCGGCCAGCCGGCGCCGGCGGCUCAGCAAGCGGGACACCAUUGCCCUGCCCCGGGAUGUGGUGGGCCGGGAGCACCAGCGGGUUCCCGGUGUCCUAGUCCGGGAGGAGGAGGCUGGGGAGGGCAUGCGGAAGAGCCCCUGGCUGCGGGUGCUCGGCUUGGGCUUCUCCCGCCUGGACAUCAGCCUCUGUGUUGCCCUUUACUUCCUCUCUUCCAUGUGCCUCCUGGGCAUGUACACCUUCUUCCGCCUCCGCACCCGUGCCCGGAAAGGCCGUCCUGGCUUCCCUGUGGCCUGAGAGCGGUUGCAGGGGGGUCAGGGGUUUCCCCCAGGGUGGGUGGGCUGCUGAGCUGGGGCACCCCCGGGACAGCAUUUUGUCCCCCAGCAGGAAGGAGUUUGGUGCCUCACCCCCAGGAGCCCUCACAGCAGUCGCCUCACCUGGGGUGAGGGGUGGAAGGCUCUUUUUGGGGAGAAGGUGGUGUCAGAGCAUCCCCCUCUCAGGUUGCUGUGCCACGUUUUCGGGUGCGUGGGAGCUGGGCCGACAACAGCAGUUCGUGUCUCGGCACCCAGCUGCCCUCAGGAGCUCCCUGGCACUGGGCGGGUUUCAAACUGGGAAGCCCAGUCCCAUGCUGGGGCGCAGCCCUUCGGGGUCAAACCACUAGUGGGGCCAGGAAGGUGGGGGUUUAGCCCCCAAAAAAAGUGGACGCUACUGGGCAGGGGGUGGCAGUCGUGUUCAGCUGCAUUUUGUGUGUGUCCCCCUUUGAGAUGUGGAGUGGGUCCCCCUGCCUUUCCUUGCCCCUCCCCGCACUGUUGCUCACUCUCUGCUUGUCUUAGUGGAAUAAAUUAUUUUUGCCGACGCCA